AUGGUGGCCGGCACCAGCUCGGACAGCUCGGAUGAUGGCGCGCGGCCUUCGUCGUACUUUCCAUUCCAGGCCAAGCUGCCGUGCAAGCCUCAUCUCAUAGUUGGAGGCCUGCUGGUCUGGAGCUUGCUGGUUGGCCUCUGGUGCUUUUGGGAGUCCUGGCAGCUCUGGCGAUGCAUCGCUGCCUGGGAGCGCGUCCCGCCACGCUCCGUCCUGCAGUCUGACCGCUGCCCCUGCAGCUGCGCACAAGGGUCCAAUGACGACGUCCAUAUGCGCCGUGAGUUCGAGUUUUGCGCCGAAGGCGACGCCUGCUUCUUUGGGAAGCAGUGGUGUGCCCGAUCGGUUCCAUCCUGGGCCAGCGCUGCGACCAACCCAGUGCUGGGCCGGUGCCAGAAAGACCGUUGCGGGGGACCGCGUGGCGUGGAGAGCUUCAACAUCUCAUGCGAUCGGUCUGCUGAUCCUCCCUUUCACGUCAGCUGGCUGGUGCGGAACUUCCCCGCGAAGGUGCGGCGGAUGCUGCGUUUCGGCGCCGGUGGGCUGAACCAUCACUUGAACUCACCAGGUGGCGCUAUGGACCGGAACGGUCUCCAGGGAGUCAGCUUGACGGUCAGUGAAGAUCUCAUCGACUCCUUGAAUGCUCGUCUGGACCGCUUGUCCGUCGUUUGGCACAUUGGCUGCUGGCCCCCUGCCCGGUACCUCGUUGCCAGCGGGCAGAUGACCAUCGACUCUGGCUGGGUCCGGCUCGCAGCUGCCGGUAUCACCUUGCAGGUCGACCUUGCAAAUGUGCUGGUGACCAUCAAGAACAUGCGGGUGGAAAUUGCCUGCCCGCAAGGCAUCUUCACUCUUGAUGGCUUCGGGGAUGGCGCGCAGACCAGCAAACCAUUGACGGCUGCCUCCUUUGCAGUCGAGCAGCAGACUCGCACGUCAGGAGUUCAAUGUCGCGGUGGAUGGGGCUUGUUUUGCUGGGUGACACGCCGACUCGCACAAGCUGAAAUUGUUCGGGAAGCAUUGCCAGCCGUCUUGGUCUACAUCGUUUUGAGCUUUUCUGGUUUGGAUAUCGCACCUGGAUGCGAUGUCAGCCGGAAUUCGUUCACUUUGUUGCCGUAUGAAGACAAGGAUUGCUGUGAAGAGACAUAUCUCACUGACCACACCGGUUGCCUUGUCGGGGGACAAUUCAAUGGGAGGUUUGUGCCUGGCCAAACAUGGGCAGAGGGUGUUGAUUGCAAGUACAAUGAGGACAUCAUGGCCUUCCAAGCCAACUGCGCGUCCAUUCCUGGAAGCUAUACAGAGAAAUCGCCAGGAAUAUGUACAGAGGCUGGGUUGCCUUGGCGUGCGGCGAGAACGCCUGGCUUUGAUGGACAGAAGCUGCGGGCAGAUAUUUCGGCAGCUGUGCAAAGACUCUUGCGUGGGGAGCUGGCGAUUGUGGCAGCUGUGCUUGCCCCGUUUGUGGCAGCGGUCAUUUAUGCAGCGACGGCAUUGCAAGAUUCACAGCGGCGGGAGUGGCACAGAAUCUCUGGAUAG